AAAUAAAGAGUUGGCGUUGAGCUUUUGUCGAUAGAUAGCCUCGUACUCUUUUGGAAGUGUAUAGCUACAUAUGUAUGAUUUUAAUUUGAGCCAGUUUGCUACAACAGUAAAAUAAUCCUAAAGCAACAGGAAAUGUGAAUGGUUACAUUUUUCGUUUGGCAAAACAAGUCUGACAUUUUAAAUUGAAUAUUGCAAUAUUUCGAAGGCUUUUUAAACCUCGAAUACACUAUCAAUUUGCAUUUCCUUCUGUGCAGGAACAUUCUCAGCAACAAAAGAGUGAUCAAAUUAAGAGCCUACAUCUGUAGAGCUGCAAGCGAGAGCAGGAGAAACUGAAAUCUGCAGGCGACUGAUAUUUAUUGCCCAUGUUUGCACUGACAAGGUGUGAGUGGGAGAUCCAGAACAACUCUCCCCCGGCACCUUGAAAUUACUCGUCCAGCGCCACCAACUCAGCAAGUGCUACCAUGGUAGUUGAGAGCGGCAACUUAAAUUUUAGCACCGAUGACAGCUCCGGGACGAACCUCAGCCCGAAAGACAGUGUCCGCGACACUCUCACGUCCAGGGACCAGUCCGACCUCGGCAGGACAGGGCACACAGUGGUAGCCGUGUUUCUCGGUGUCAUUUUCCUGUUAGGAUUCCUCAGCAAUUUAUUCGUCCUUCUCGUCUUUGCGCGGUUUCAGGUGCUGAGGACGCCCAUCAAUCUCAUCCUGCUCAACAUCAGUGUGAGCGACAUGCUGGUGUGUAUCUUCGGAACUCCCUUUAGUUUUGCCGCGAGCCUCUAUGGCAGAUGGCUCAUUGGAGCCCACGGGUGCAAAUGGUACGGUUUCGCCAACUCGCUUUUCGGCAUCGUUUCUCUAGUAUCCUUGGCAAUCCUCUCCUACGAGCGCUACUCCACGAUAUUGUGUUACACAAAGGCUGACCCGUCUGACUACAAGAAGGCCUGGCUGGCUAUCGCGGGCGCCUGGCUCUACUCCUUGGUGUGGACGGUUCCACCUUUCUUUGGCUGGAGCAGCUACGGUCCAGAGGGGCCAGGCACCACAUGCUCAGUGCAGUGGCACCAGCGCUCUUCUGGGAACAUCUCCUAUGUCACCUGCCUCUUCAUCUUCUGCCUCCUACUUCCCCUGCUGCUCAUGAUGUUCUGCUAUGGGAAGAUCCUCUUUGCCAUCCGUGGGGUAGCCAAAAUCAACCAGUCGUCUGCACAGCGGCGGGAGACCCAUGUGUUGGUGAUGGUUGUCUCCAUGGUGUCCUGCUACCUGCUGUGCUGGAUGCCCUACGGGGUGGUGGCUCUGCUGGCCACCUUCGGCCAGGUUGGCCUGGUCAGCCCCACCACAAGCAUUGUCCCCUCCAUCCUUGCCAAAAGUAGCACCUUUCUCAACCCUGUCAUAUAUGGGCUUUUAAAUAACCAGUUCUACAGGUGCUUCCUGGCCUUCAUGAGCUGUGGGUCAGAGGCAGCAGGCAGCCACACCCUCCACACCGUGCCCAGCAGCCGAGUGGUUGGCCCUAAUGGCAACUCUCCAGCCCCAGAGGAGCCUGGUACACGCGAGCCUCUGGACGGCAGUGGGACCUCCUCGAAGACUCAGACACGUGGCCAGCAGAGAGACAAACGUGACCUGGUCCUGGUUGUGCACUACACCCCUUGAGGAACAGAGGUAUUUUGGGCCGUGGAGAAAAAGCCCACUCCUCUGCUCAUAAGAGCCUAAACAUGGUGCCCCACACUGCAACAUAUGAUAUGAUAGAGGAAGUUAUCUAUUCGGCUGCAAACUGGAGAUACUUAAUGUAUCUCUCUUUUCGUUAGAUGGUGUAAUUUGUCACCUGGAUGUGUAAAUGCUCUGUCAUUUAUAUCGCAGCAACCUUUUCCUUCACCCUGCGGUUGAGUGUGUGCUGUUCGGCCACAAGGUGGCAGCCUGCUGUAACAUUGACCUAUGCUGGAGUCUGUAGAGAUAAAAACAUUCAUCCGUCUUAGUAAACCCAGCCCUUACAUACCACCAGAUGUAAGAUCUCCUGUAUAUAAUCUUUGUACCAAGUGGUCGGUGAGUUGAUGUGGCUGCAGAACUUGAUGGCAGUGUUUCCGAUGUAGAUUAUGAGAUGGCAACCCAUUGUUCAUCACGGGUUCUCUCUCUCACAUGUAACUAGAACCUGGAUGCCUUGUUGUGUACGCAUGUUCAAACACAGUAACAUUCACAAUGCUCCCGCUAUUCAUGUUGAGAAUCACCAUUCUUUUACAAGAUGGUUGUCACAUUAUUAAGAGGCUCUGAUAAGGGGCUCCUAACCUUUUCUUCAUCUAUGAACAUUGUUACACUUUGACAUCGUGUUAUCAUUGAUGUAGUGACCUGUUUAAUAAAGAUGUUUUACAAAGAU